GAAAACGGGGCAUACAUUUGUUUCAUCAUGAUAUGACUUCCAGGAAGCCAAAUUAUGUGUCUAGCUGUGGACUCCAGACAGGAGAAACUUCUAGUGUGUGAGGAGGAAAUGAAAUGAAUGGGCACCGGCCCGAGGCAGAGCGCUUGGCGCAGGGCUCAUGCAAAUGAGGACCGUGAUUGGCUUUCUCUUUCCGCCCGUUGUCGCUGGCUUCUCCCAGCCUUUCAGAUUAGGUUUCCGUGGGAGUUUUUCUGGUUCAAGGAUUGCUAAUGGUUUGUAACCACCUGACUAUAAACUUGACCUCAGAGUUACAGCCGCUUUGGCAGUCAGAUGUCGGAGGACUGCCACCUGAGGAAGAAAGGUGGACUCUGGAGCCGUGGGGACAGUUAGCCACCGACCCACCGGACCCAGCUUUUGUUUAAAAGUGACUUCUAAUUCUGAAACCUAUGUAGAUGCUGCAGAGAGGAAAUGGUGGUCUUCAUUAAUGCAAAGAUUAAAUCUUUCUUUAAACUUUUUAAGAAGAAAACGGUUUCCAACUUAGACGAGGAGAGCCGAUGGACCGUCCACUAUACGGCGCCGUGGCACCAGCAGGAGAAUGUGUUCCUCCCCUCCACAAGGCCCCCCUGUGUUGAGGACCUGCACCGCCAAGCGAAGCUCAACCUCAAAUCAGUGCUGAGGGAAUGUGACAAGCUGAGGCGCGAUGGCUGCCGAAGUUCUCAGUACUAUUCUCAGGGACCCACCUUUGCAGCCAGCUCCAGCCCAGGCGAUGAGUAUCAAGAGGAAGAUGCAGAAACAGACCGAAAGUAUUCUCUCUCUUCAUCUGAAGAAGAAAGAUUUAUUGAUAUCAGGAGACCUAAAACGCCAACCUCAGGUGACUUCUCUGACCUUCAUACUCAGACUAACUGGACCAAGUCCCUGCCGCUGCCAACACCAGAAGAGAAGACACGACAGCAAGCCCAGACAGUCCAGGCUGAUGUGGUUCCCAUUAACAUAACUGGGGAGAAUUUCGAUCGUCAGGCCAGCCUUCGGCGGUCUCUAAUUUACACUGACACUCUGGUAAGACGACCGAAGAAAGUCAAAAGGAGAAAGACUAUUUCAGGAAUCCCUGACAUCAUUCAGAAGGAGCUAGCGUCAGCCACCGGCCAAGAGGAUGACGGUAGCACCCAUUCGCUGUACGCCCCAGACCACUACUCUACAUUAGGAAGGCUCGAUAGCUAUCGGUCCACGGGGCAAUGCUUGGAAACCAGGGACUCCGGCUGUCAGACGGAAGAAGUGAAAGUCAUCCCACCGUCAGUGAGAAGGAUCAGGGCUCACAAGGGGCUGGGCAUUGCUGCCCAGAUGAGCCACCUCUCGGGUUCCUCUGGCAACAUGUCUGUGCUGAGCGACUCGGCCGGUAUCGUGUUCCCAUCUCGCCUCAAUAACGAUACUGGUUUCCACAGCCUUCCACGCGCUGGCGCGAGGGCAAGCACGUAUUCCCUGGAGGCGAGGAUGGGUGCUCUGGGCUCUGCUGAAGAUACGGAUGAUACUUUUCCCUACCGGGCGGGUAGCUCCCAGGGGCCUGAAAACUUUGCACAUUUAGGGGGUGCCUCGAGUACCGGGAUGCUGUCGAGGCCCAAAUCCCAGCAGCUGAGGCUCUCGGAGAGCCCAGCGUGUGUGGUCUCACCGCACGCGGCCUACUCUACCAGCGUCAUCCCAAACGCCACACUGCUGUCCUCUUCGGAGGUUAUUGUCAUCCACACCGCACAGAGUGCGGGACAGCUGGACAGUAGAGUCCCCAGCUCAUCCUCAUACUCAAAGAUAAAACCCAGAGACCACCCCACACCCAGGUGCUCUGCGAGAGAUGAGCACCAGUCCCCACGGCAUCACUGGAACGAGGGUCAUGUCAUUCACUCACAGGCUUUAGCCUCCGCUGCCCCCGGUGCCACCGCACUGUUAUCCCUCCGCGACUCAGAGGUCUCUCUCAAUGCCCCAGCUAUCAAUAGGGAGAACGGGUCCCAAGCCAUACUUUAUCACUGUAGAAGCAACCUGGCCUUUCCUGCCCACCCUCCGGAUGUGGAUGGCAAGAGCGAGUGCAGUUCUUCAGGGGACAGGGGAUGUGGCAGUUCUGAGUCCUGGGAAUACAAAGCCUCCAGCAACGGGCGGGCGUCCCCACUGAAGCCGCACCUGGCGACUCCCGGUUGCUCUACCCCCACAAGUAACAUGAGCAGCUGCAGCUUGGACCAAGCAUCCCUCAAGGAGGAUGCCAGGUCCCUGUAUUCAGAGGACCACGAUGGCUACUAUAUGACCACCCAGGGUGAUGCUAGACACGAGGCCGGGAGCGCGUACGGUAUCAGUGAUGGCUUUGGAAACCCCAGGCACAGCACGGUCAAUGUUUUUGACGGAAGGGCUCAGAGAAGCCAAGGAGAUCAGGCCACUCAGCAGGAUAGAAUCCUCUCCAGAAACAUCUCUCUGAAGAAAGCAAAAAAACCGCCACCGCCACCGUCCCGGACAGAUUCUCUGCGAAGGAUUCCCAAGAAGAACAACCAGACAAAUGGGCAGGUGCUCAACGAGAGCCUGAUCGCCUCACUCCAGCAUUCUCUGCAGCUAAGCCUCCCCGGCCAAGGCAGCGGCUCCCCUUCCCAGAGCCCCUGCAGUGACUGUGAGGAACCCUGGCUCCCCAGGUCCAGAAGCCAGAGCAUUGUGAGCGAGGGUAGUAGCUUGACCUCCACCACCACUCCCAACGUGUAUUCUCUGUGCGGGCUCACUCCAUCUCAGAGCGACACAAGCAGUGUCAAGUCGGAAUACGCAGACCCCUGGGGCUACUACAUCGACUACACAAGCUUGCAGGGAGAUCCAGGGAACCCCACAGGGGGCUGCCCAGCCAGUAGUGAGGCAGCAACUGGAAAUGGGCCAGUGCGCCACAUCCAGGAGGGGUCGAGAGCCCCAGUGCCCCAAGUGCCGGGCUGCUCCGUGAAACCAAAGAUCACCUCACCCGAGAAGUCACAGAGAGUCACCUCUCCAUCCAGUGGGUAUUCUAGCCAGUCGAAUACACCCACAGCACUCACCCCCGUGCCUGUGUUUUUAAAAUCGAUGUCACCAGCAAAUGGGAAGGGGAAGGCCAAGCCCAAGGUACCAGAAAGAAAAUCGUCUCUGAUCUCUUCAGUGUCCAUCUCCUCAUCGUCCACUUCCCUCUCCUCUAAUACCUCUACGGAAGGAAGUGGGACCGUGAAGAAACUGGAUUCAGCCCUGGCCUCGGCCCUUGCUCCUCCCCCUCCUCCUCUUCCCGCGCUGCCUUCUCCGAGUCUGGCAGACAAGUCCCCCUUUCUUCCACCUCCUCCUCCUCUAGCAGAUUGCUCGGAGGGCUCUCCCUUACCGCCCUCUCCUGUGUUCCCCCCUCCACCACCAGAAGCCCUUGUUCCCUUCUGCUCCCCCACUGACAGGUGCCUUUCUCCUUCCCCCACAGCAUUUAGCCCCCCUCUUCCAAGAUGCUCACCUCCCUUGCCAGCACCUCCACCUUUCUUGCCCCCAUCAGAACCCCCACCUGCUCCGCCUCUGGACCCCAAAUUCAUGAAAGAAAACAGGCCCUUUAUCAAAAACUCUAGCCAGUCCGAAUCCUCUAGGGAGGCCCUCAGGCGGCCUGCCAACAAGGAGGAGGGCUGCCGACCCUCGAUGCCCCUGAUCACCACAGAAGCUUUGCAGAUGGUGCAGUUGAGGCCCGUGAGGAAGAACUCAGGUGCCGAGACGGUCCUGUUUUCUGAACCAUCAGCUCAGGAACCGCGAACCCCGACUGCUCCACAGUAUCACUUAAAGCCAUCUGCUUUCCUCAAAUCCCGAAAUAGCAUAAAUGAAAUGGAGAGUGAAAGCCAGGCUGCCUCUGUGACGAGCUCGCUUCCGAUGCCUGCCAAGAGCCAGAGUCAGGGUGACCAUGACAGUGCAGUCGAGCGUGGCGGCCUUCAGAGCUGCAGCGAUGGAGCUCCAGGCCCGGGUCCCAGCCUCAGGACCACUCUGCUCCCAGACUCUUCACCCAGCAGGAAGCCACCCCCCAUCUCCAAGAAGCCCAAACUGUUCCUGGUGGUACCACCUCCGCAGAGAGAUUUCACAGCGGAGCCCACAGAGAACGGGAGCGAAGCUUUCUCAGGCGUGCCCAGCCCUACCGGGGCAGAGGGGGAAGCUGGGCAGAGCCAAGAGGAGAAAUCCAGCCCAGCAUCCCGAGCUGGCUCUCAUGCUACGGCCCCCACCUCCGGCAGUACGGUUCUAGAAAGAGGAGCUGCAGGGUCCUUGUCCCCUGGCAUUGUGGAAGCUAAUGCCCCCAUGGUCCAACCUAGUACAUCACCGGGCCCGGCACAGGAAGAGUCAGGAGAGAACCGCGUGGAUGGUGAGAGAAAUGAGAAGAGCUGCGCGUCUCCACAGGGCGGAGAAGCUGGGUUGCCGGAACCCAACACAGCUGGUCCAUCUUCAGACACGGCAGACGUUUCUAAAGAAGGAGGGAACGAUGAGGUGCUGACCCCCACCAGACCCAGGACAACGGAAGACCUGUUUGCAGCCAUUCACAGAUCCAAAAGGAAAGUCCUUGGUCGGAAAGACUCCGAAGAUGAUCACACUCGAAAUCAUUCUCCCUCCCCGCCUGUGACACCCACGGGUGCUGCCCCCAGCCUGGCCUCUCCAAAGCAAGUAGGGUCCAUCCAGCGAAGCCUAAAAAAGAGCACUACCAGCAGCGACAACUUCAAAGCUCUGCUGCUCAAGAAGGGGAGUCGCUCGGACACCAGCGCUCGCAUGUCCGCGGCGGAGAUGCUCAAGUCCACGGACCCUCGAUUCCAGAGAUCUAGGUCGGAGCCUUCGCCAGACGUCCCGGACAGCCCAUCCAGCUGCUCCCCCAAUAAGAACAGGAGAGCUCCGGAGGAGUGGGCCAAGAAUGAAGGCCUGAUGCCUCGGAGUCUGUCCUUUUCCGGCCCUCGGUACAGCCGCAGCAGGACGCCACCCUCUGCGGCCAGCAGCAGGUACAGCAUGAGGAACCGCAUCCAAAGCAGCCCCAUGACAGUCAUCUCUGAGGGAGAGGGAGAGCCUGCCGAGCCCGCAGACAACAAAGUACGCAGGGCCCUGGACACUACGAGGGGAUGCUCUCUGGACAGACUGGCGGGGCAGGAGACGGACCGGGGCAGCCCGCUGUGUAGCGAGGAGCCUGCCUCUGUGGAUGGGAUAGGAAGGGCUACGGUCGACGGUCCCUCGGAGCAGUGUGGGGGUCCUGAACAGAAGAGUUAGUAUCCAAACCUGCCUCUCAUGAGUGAGGCAGGAAGGUGAGCCGUGCAUCACACUAGGAAGUCUCUGUGGCCUUUUCCUGGCUUGUGGGGACCCCCACGCAGCAUUAGUGUUGGGGAGGUCUCAGCCUUGCAAGUCUCCUAGGACUCACUCGCCAUGUGGCUUAAAAAAAGCAAGUAGAAGCUUCAACUUCUGAAAGUGCUUCCUGGGGAAGAUGGUUUCGUUUGGUUUUGUUUUUCCCAAAAUGCUGGGUGUGUGCCUAUGUGUGAAUGUUGAAUACUUCACGCUAGCAAAUACACACACUAACGUUGUGUAUAGGAAGAGGAGAAGAGGGCAGAGUUCAGGUAGCUAAGUAACGGAGUCCUCUGGACCAGGGUGGUAACUGCUUUCAACUGCAUUAUGGGUAUGGGGAUGUGUGAGUUCAACUAAGAAGAGAUGGGAGGCCGUUACCUCUAACAGGCAGCGGGCUGGCUGGUUCUAAGUAUAGAACAUGACUGUGUGUACAUUUACUAUAGCUCAAGACACAAGCGGAAACCGUGAAGGGGCUGGGAAGUGGCUAAGCAACUCAUUGGUUCAGGUACUUUUAGGGGGCGGGGGAAGCCUUGCUGCCACCGCUGCAGUGCCUCCUCC